GGGGGCCCGGCGGAUUCAUCGAGCAGAUCUUCCUGAAGAUCGACAGGGACGGCAGUGGGCAGAUCGAGAGGUCGGAGUUCGAGCGGGCGCUCUGGGGAGACCCCGCGGCCUGGAGCAUCAUGCACAAGCGGUUCGGCCUGCAGCGCCACGAGCUCCCGCGGGUCUGGCGCGCGCUCGAUCGCGACUGCAGCGGCGCCAUCAGCCUGGACGAGUGGAUGAUGACCUGCACGUGGCUGAUGCAGGUUGUCGAGGACGGCGAGGCGGUGAGCAACUGGAGAGUCCAGGAGCUGAAGGCCCAGGGCCUCGCCCUCGACCGCGCCACGGGCGGCGAAAACGCCGCCACCGGCGCCGCCGCGGCCCCAGGUGCCGCCCGAGGACGCCUCGCGGGUCCCGACCAGUGCAGCGUCUCCGGCGGCCCUCUCAGCGCCAGGGAUCGCUCCGCCGUCGUCGCGGCGAGGGAGAUCCUCACGCCGCGCAGGGCCAAGGCCCCGGCGCCGCGGGCGGAGGUGCGCAGAAGCCUGCGGCUCGGCCUCGGGGACGCGAGCCUGCGGGCUGGGUCCGCGAAGGUGUGCGCGGCGGCCACCGCCCCCGUCGGCGACGCUCCCGGCGGCGCCUGGGUCGAGCUCUCGCCCAGCGAGGAGCCCGCCAGCAUCGGCGCGGGCAGUCCGCUCGCCGAGGCGGGCGCGCACCCCGGGCUGCCGUAG